CAUGGGGGAGGUGGUGGCGCUUGGUAGCUGCUGGCGGCCGAGGUAGAGGCAGUGGCGCUGGAGUUGGUCCGGGGCAGCGGCAGAUUUGGGGCUUAAGAAACUUCUUUCAGGGAGGAGAGCAAGUGCAGCUGCUGUUGGAACCCGAGAUCUUGAUCCACAUCCAUAGAUUGGAAUAUUGGUGGGCCAGCAGCCAUCCUCAGACCCUCACUUAGGACAGAUGAGGAAACUGAGGCUUGGUGAAGUUACGAAACUUGUCCAAAGUCACACAGCUUGUAAAGGGCACAGCCAAGAUUCAGAGCCAGGUUGUGAAAAUUAAAAUGAACAAACUAAGGCAAAGUUUUAGGAGAAAGAAAGAUGUUUAUGUUCCAGAGGCCAGUCGUCCACAUCAGUGGCAGACAGAUGAAGAAGGGGUUCGUACUGGAAAAUGUAGCUUCCCAGUUAAGUAUCUUGGCCAUGUAGAAGUUGAUGAAUCAAGAGGAAUGCACAUCUGUGAAGAUGCUGUAAAGAGAUUGAAAGCUGAAAGGAAGUUCUUCAAAGGCUUCUUUGGAAAAACUGGAAAGAAAGCAGUGAAGGCAGUCCUAUGGGUAUCAGCAGACGGACUCAGAGUUGUGGAUGAAAAAACUAAGGACCUCAUAGUUGACCAGACAAUAGAAAAAGUGUCUUUCUGUGCCCCAGAUAGGAACUUUGAUAGAGCCUUCUCUUACAUAUGUCGUGAUGGCACCACUCGGCGCUGGAUCUGUCAUUGCUUCAUGGCUGUCAAGGACACAGGUGAAAGAUUGAGCCAUGCAGUAGGCUGUGCUUUUGCGGCCUGUCUAGAACGUAAGCAGAAGCGGGAGAAGGAAUGUGGAGUGACUGCUACUUUUGAUGCCAGUCGAACCACUUUUACCAGAGAAGGAUCAUUCCGUGUCACAACAGCUACCGAGCAAGCAGAAAGAGAGGAGAUUAUGAAACAAAUCCAAGAUGCCAAGAAAGCUGAAACAGAUAAGACAGUUGGUUCAUCAGUGGCCCCUGGCAACACUGUCCCAUCCCCGUCCUCUCCCACCUCUCCCACUUCGGAUGCCACUGCUUCUCUGGAGAUGAACAAUCCUCAUGCCAUCCCACGUCGGCAUGCACCGAUUGAGCAACUUGCUCGCCAAGGCUCUUUCCGAGGAUUUCCUGCUCUUAGCCAGAAGAUGUCACCCUUUAAACGCCAACUAUCCCUGCGCAUCAAUGAGUUGCCUUCCACCAUGCAGAGGAAGACUGAUUUCCCCAUAAAAAAUGCAGUGCCAGAGGUAGAAGGGGAAGCAGAGAGUAUCAGCUCCCUGUGCUCACAGAUCACCAAUGCCUUCAGCACACCCUCCGAGGAUCCCUUCUCAUCCGCCCCAAUGACCAAACCAGUGACAGUUGUGGCACCACAAUCUCCUGCCUUUCAAGCUAAUGGCACUGACUCAGCCUUCCAUGUGCUUGCUGCUAAGCCAGCCCAUACUGCUCUAGCACCCGUAGCAAUGCCUGUGCGUGAAACCAACCCUUGGGCCCAUGCCCCUGAUGCUGCUAACAAGGAAAUUGCAGCCAUACGUUCGGGGACUGAGUGGGGUCAAUCUUCUGGUGCUGCCUCUCCAGGUCUCUUCCAGGCUGGUCACAGACGUACUCCCUCUGAAGCCGACCGCUGGUUAGAAGAAGUGUCCAAGAGCGUCCGGGCUCAGCAACCCCAGGCCUCAGCUGCCCCUCUGCAGCCAGUUCUCCAGCCUCCUCCACCCACUGCCAUCUCCCAGUCAGCACCGCCUUUCCAAGGGAAUGCAUUCCUCACCUCUCAGCCAGUGCCAGUGGGUGUGGUCCCACCCCUGCAGCCAGCCUUUGUCCCUGCCCAGUCCUAUCCUGUGGCCAACGGGAUGCCCUAUCCAGCCCCUAAUGUGCCUGUGGUGGGCAUCACUCCCUCCCAGAUGGUAGCCAACGUGUUUGGCACUGCAGGCCACCCUCAGGCUGCUCACCCCCAUCAGUCUCCCAGCCUGGUCAAGCAGCAGACAUUCCCUCAGUAUGAAACAAGCAGUGCUACUGCCAGUCCCUUCUUUAAGCCUCCUGUUCAGCACCUCAACGGUUCUGCCGCUUUCAAUGGUGUAGAUGAUGGCAGGUUGGCUUCAGGGGACAAGCACACAGAGAUUCCUGCAGGCAUCUGCCCGGUGGAUCCUUUCGAAGCCCAGUGGGCUGCAUUAGAAAGCAAGUCCAAGCAGCGUACUAACCCCUCUCCCACCAACCCUUUCUCCAGUGACUUACAGAAGACGUUUGAAAUUGAACUUUAAGCAGUCCCUAUGGCUUAUGUAUUUUGUCCAUACUUAGGCAAGGGCGGGGGGUGGACGUCAAAGGAGCAAAGGGGACUUUAUGUUCCCCAUCAGUGUACUUUUCACUAAUCCCAAAGGUCCCCAAGAAGCAAGUCCAGGCACAGAGUGCAAUGAGGGCUGAUUGUGAAAAAAUUGGAGAAAACCAUUCCUAGAGAAGAGCUGUCUUGCAGUUAGGUUAAAGAAGUCACGGAAAUGUUGCCCUCUUUUCCCUUCGUCAGCCCCUUACAAAUCUCUGGCAACAGAGAGGCAACAUAUCUGAACAGGAAUCUGUAUUCAAAGCACAUUUACUGGAAUAUAAAACACAACAGGAAGCAAAAUGAUCUCCCUUUGUUUUUCAGGCCAUUCACCUGCCUCCUCUCAGUGCUGGCCUGUCUUAGAGAUCAAGAACAGGGUGGCCUGUGCUUGGGCUUGGGACGAGAGGCAGGCUGCACUGCCAGAAUUCCCAGGAGGGCUCAUCGGCAGCUGCCCAGCAGAGCUAUAUUUUAGGGGUUAAGUUGAGCUUCCAUUUUGAGUAAGAAUAUUAUAAAUAUAUACAAAAAAGCCAAAAUCUUUAUUUUUAUGCAUUUAGAAUAUUUUAAAUAGUUCUCAAUAUUAAAAAGUUGUAUGAGUUGUAAGUAAUCUUGCCAAAGGUAAAAGGGUUAGCUGUAAGAAAUUGUACAUAAGAUUGCUUUAUCAUUGAUGCCUAUUGAAGAUAAAGAGGAAAGGCUGGAAGUUGCAGACGGGAUCCCUAGCAAAUUAUGUGGUAUCAUUCAUUGUAAGUAGCACUUUGCAACAACAAUCAUGAUUAUGACCAAUACAGUCACUAGGGUGUAGUUUUAAAUAAAGAAAAUGAAAGAGCAGUAUUCUCCUGGUUUUAAACCUAUAAUGAAAUUCUAACGUCAUUAUUUUAAUGGAAUCAAUCUAAAUAUGCUCUAUAGAGAUUAUGUAUUUUCUUUUAUAUAUUGCUGCAGUUUCCUUAUGUUAAUCCUUUAACACUAAGGUGACAAUGACAUAAUCAUAUCCAUAGACAGGAACGCAGGUUACUGUGUUGGUUUGUCAUGUGGGUCUUGGUGGGUUUUGUUUGUCCUUUAAGUUUUGUCCCCACAAGUUUUGUGGGGAUGGAGAUUCUGGUUUUAUUAGCUAUGUGUGUGUGUCUGUCUGUGUGUCCUUCACCCGCCCCGUGGUGAGCAAACAUCCCAUUGCCAGUUGCAGCCACUUGACCUCUGGUAACACGUGAGAUCCCAUCUCAUUUUUACUUUUGAACGUUGGCCUUACAAUCAAAUGUGAGUUAUAUAUAUUUGUACUGAUGAGAAUUUAUAAUCUGCUUUAACAAAAAUAAAUGUUCGUGGUAGAA